AUGUUAGAUUUCAGGUACUGCUGGGACAAUGAUUCCCCUUUAAUAUUAUUUAACCUGUUAUUUCUUUUCAGUGGAAAGGUUUUGACUGCUCUCCCUCGAACAACUAGACAAAUCAAAACUCUCCAGGACAUGAUAAUGACACUUGAGGUUGUUCUCUGGAAGCCAGAUGAUGUGGAGUUCAUUAAAAAGUCAGAAGAAGUCCAUUUCUAUGUCAAUGAUUCUUAUGUGGACAGAGUGAAAACCUUUUUAAACCAGAAUCAAAUCAUAUUCAGGAUAUUGGUAGAAGAUGUUGAAGAUCUUAUUAAAAAGCAAACCAUCAAUGACACAUUCACCUCCAAGCAAAAUGUCAAUAACACAUUUGGUCCCCGGUCCUCUUCAUCAUACUACCAACGAUAUCAUUCACUACCUGAAAUUUAUUUUUGGAUAGAUGCUAUAACUGAGAUACAUGCUGAUAUGCUUGAAAAAAUACACAUUGGAUCCUCAUUUGAGAAGAGACCACUUUAUGUUUUGAAGCUUUCUACAAAUAAAAAUACAUCAAAAAAUGCUAUAUGGAUUGACUGUGGUAUCCAUGCCCGAGAAUGGGUGUCUCCAGCUUUCUGCUUGUGGUUCAUAGGUUAUGCAACCCAAUUUUAUGGAAAACAAGCUAAAAUCACCAAGCUUCUGGAUCAUCUAGAUUUCUAUGUCAUGCCUGUAUUGAAUGUGGAUGGUUAUGAUUACACAUGGAAAACAAACCGAAUGUGGAGAAAGAACCGUUCCCUGCAUGAGGGAAAUCGAUGCUCUGGGACUGAUUUGAACAGGAAUUUUGCUUCAAAACAUUGGUGUGAGGUAGGUGCAUCAAAUUCAUCAUGUAAGGAAAUUUACUGUGGACCAUAUCCUGAGUCAGAACCAGAGGUAAAGGCCGUAACCAGUUUUAUGAGAAGAAAUUUGGAUCACAUUAAAGCAUAUAUAACUAUGCAUUCAUAUUCUCAGCUGGUGCUGUUUCCAUAUUCCUAUACUAUGAGCAAAAGUAAAGACCAUGAAGAACUAUCUCUACUGGCAAGCCAAGCAACUCAAGCUAUUCUGAGAGUUAAUGAAAAUAUUUAUUAUGAAUAUGGCCCUGGUGCAUCAACAAUAUAUUUAUCUCCUGGAGGUUCAGAUGACUGGGCCUAUGACAUGGGCAUCAAAUAUUCUUUUACUAUCGAACUUCGAGACAAAGGCCAAUAUGGAUUCUUGCUUCCAGAAAGUUUUAUCAGACCAACAGUGACAGAAACUUUUGCAGCUGUUUAUACAAUAGCGUCUCAUGUCAUCCUUAAAACUUAAUGUACCCCAUUUUAAAUAAAUGAUUUUAAGAUAGUAUCCAUUAUUUUAUCAGAUUUUUCAAAAAAAGUCUUAGUUUAGGUAAAAGGAUUUUCUAGCCUUUCAAGUUUUUAUCAAAGGGAUAUAGUCAGCAAAUGCUACUUCUUUGAGGGAAGGAGGUAUAAUAGUAAAGGUGACCCAGUAUCUUGUUUUAAUUUUAAAAGUAAUUUAAAAAGUCAGUUCUAUGUUCUUGCCGACUAGAAAUGAACCUCAAAUUUAAUGAUUAUAAUGAGAAAGCAGGAAAAAAAAAAGUCAGUAUCUAUCAAAUUUUGGUCCAAACUUUUGACAGAUUUGUUCUUGUACUUCAAAUAAAAGAAAGCAACAUAUUA